AUGGCAAAGCUCCUGAUCCUGGCUGCUUUGUCAUUUGUCUCAUUCAAAACAGGAGUAAGUUCCGUGGGAACAACCACCAGUCCUCAACAACAGAAUCCACAAACUGGCGCUGACAAAGACCCAUGUGAGAAAUCCAAUUUUGCUCACGGAUUUUCUGGGAUUCCAGGAUCGAAUGGCAUACCAGGAAUGCCGGGAAUUCCUGGCGCCCCAGGGCCCCAAGGACAACAAGGAAAAGAUGGAGCUAAGGGGGAGCCUGGUGUCAAGGGACCGAGAGGUAUGACGGGAACAAGAGGACUAAAAGGAAAUCCAGGGUCACUUGGUAAAAAUGGUGCACCUGGAAUGAUGGGAAUGAAAGGAGAUAAAGGUCAUGAAGGGCCGCGUGGAGAGCAGGGAUCUAAAGGAGAGAAAGGAGAAAUCGUGAAUGGUGCAGUGUCACAGACCAACUGGAAACAGUGUGUGUGGAAAAAUUCUGAUCCUAGAGAUAGUGGAAAGAUUAAGGAUUGCUCAUUCAACAAACUGCAAUCUGAUACAACUAUUAAAGUGACAUUCCAAGGAAAUAUGGGAGUCUAUGGCCCUUCAGAUAAAUGCAACCGGUGGUUUAUCAAGUUUAAUGGAAAUGAAUGCAGUGGACCAAUGACAAUUGAGGCUGCUGUGUACAACAAUUGGCCAUCUGGGAGUCCUAAUCUGCUUCAUCACAGAUCAUUUGAGGGAUACUGUGAAAACAUUCCACAGGGCAGGGUUACUGUGGAGUUAUGGGUAGGAAAGUGUCCUGGUUACACACUGGGUAAUGCUAACACUGGAUGGAACUCAGUAUCCCGCAUAAUGAUAGAGGAAGUGUCUAGAGCCCAGUCCUAAUUGCCCUGUUAUC